AAUGUUAAAAAUCAAAUUCCAGUGGGGAGGUGACUUGAAGCAGGUUAUUCUGCUCUCCUCUUUUAGCGCUGGAUUUGGACACACAGGCUUCCAGUGUCCAGAGGUAAGGGAAAGAGAGCCAUGUAUCCCAGGCUGCCAUGUCUUCUGCUUUGCGUCCUGUUCGGACUUACCGGAGGAAGCAGAAAAAUGCCAAAGCUGGCAGACAGGAAGUUGUGUGCCGAUGAAGAGUGCAGCCAUCCCAUUUCUAUGGCAGUAGCUUUGUCUGACUACAUCCCCCCCGACUGCCGCUUCAUCCCAAUUAGGCGUGGACAAACGCUAUAUAUCUACUCCAAGCUAAAGGGCCGAGGACGCCUCUUCUGGCUGGGCAGUGUGCAAGGAGAUGAAUAUGGGGAGUAUACAGCAAGACUGGGCUAUUUUCCGAGCUCUAUCGUACAGGAGGAACAUUAUCUGAUGCAAGGAAAAGUGGAGGUCAAAACAAAUCAAUGGGAUUUCCUGUGUCAGUGAUCUGACUUCCUGUGACACCAUUUGCCAUGAAGCUACUCAAGUGCUACGUGGCAGGCUGUGCCUGGAGUGCAGAGGACAAGGCCUUGUACCUGGAGUGUGCUUCUUUAGCUUCCCUUUAUACCUAA